AAUCUUUCUUACAGAGGAGGGUGAAAGUAAGGACACUGAAGAAGAGGAGGCCAAACUGACAGCAGCGAUCAGUGCACCCCCUGCCCAUCCUGUUACAGAAGAGGCCCCCGCUACUGAAAAUGAAGAGGACAGUCAGUUAACAAGCAAGACCAAUCAAAUGGCUUCUUGCCAAUUGACUUCAGCCACAUCUCCACAGCUGAUGACGGGUCAUAACUGCUGAAGCUCUGGGCCUUCUGUUGAAAUGAGGAUCAGGUCUGAAAGGCGUGAAGAUGCAAGACUGCUGCGGAUAUCUGAUUUUAUUCUCUUUUGGGCACUGAAGGCUCUUUCGCAGUUGGCAGAGCUGAUUGGCAGAACAAGAAGAAUCUGAAAAAGAUGAAGAAUGUUUUGCAUCUCAUCUCUGUAGGCUUGCUUCAACAGCAGUGUCUGGUACAGGAUGAAGCACCCGGUGAUGAUGAAGAUAGUGAGAGUGAUAGUGAUGAUGACGAUGAUGACGUCCGCGUCACCAUUGGAGACAUUAAAACAGGAGCACCGCAGUACACGGCAUAUGGAGGAACUCCGGUCAAUCUGAACAUAAAGACAGCUGGCAGCAGACCGUAUGGAGCAGGUACCAAAGUGAAGGGUGUGGACCUCGAAGCUCCAGGCAGCAUCAAUGGCGUUCCAGUCCUGGAAGUGGACAUGGAGUCCUUUGAGGAGAAACCAUGGAGAAAGCCAGGUGCUGACUUGUCUGACUAUUUUAACUAUGGUUUUAAUGAAGACACAUGGAAAGCAUACUGUGAAAAGCAGAAGAGGCUGCGCAUGGGCCUCGACAUUCUCAACAUUGGGUCCACCGCUAGCAAGAUCUCUGUUCAGCAGGGUCGCACAGGUAACGGCGAGAAGGAGAUCACACUACCAAGUCUUGCAUCUAAAACAGACUUUUCCUCUUCAUCCACACUAUAUAAAACCGGACUGAACCCAGUUAGGAUAUCCCCUCCACAGUGGGCGGGGCCUGCCACCCAAGAAAUGCCCUAUUAUACGCAGGCAAGCGGGACUAUAGAUGUGAUUGGCGGACAGACUGCCACUAUUAGCAGAGUGGAGGGAAGGCGUCGCCACAAUCUGGAGGGGAAUAACAUCCAGGUGAUCUCGGAGCACUCCAGCUCAGAGGCUGAACCCGCAGUAGCUAAGAUGCCACCUCCAUUCUUUCCUCCGGGGCCACUCCCCCCAAACAUACCCCCUCCUCCGUUCCUCCCGCCUCCUGUCAGCCAAGCUCCACCACUAAUCCCACCUCCACGGAUGCCAAUACCUGUUCCUCCACCCAAUUUUCCCCCUCCCACAGGAGGACCACCUCCUUCACUUAUUCCAACUAUGGACAUCAGUGGGCAUCCAGGAGCAUAUGAUGGACGUCCUGUUGGUCCAUACCCUUUUCCAACAGGUGGGUUUCCUCCACCUAUACAAGGAGCUAUGAACCCCUGGCCUGGUAUGAUGGACAAUUCUAAGCAGUGGGACUAUUACCCUCGGCGAGACAAGGAGAGGGAUAAAGAGCGAGACAGGGACAGGCAGAGGGAGCGAGGCCACGAGAGAGAUCACAGUCCCUCCUCAGUGGCAUAUAACAGAGCCUUAGAGUUCGACAGAUUAGUUCUCAAUGUGAUGAAGAGCGAUAUCGUUACCGUGACUAUGGAGACAGAGGGUACGAGAGGCAUCGGGAGCGGGCGAGCCGUGAGAAGGAGCAUCACAGAGAGAGGAGACAUCGAGAGAAGGAAGAGGGGAGACACAAGUCAUCACGGAGCAGUAGCAGACGGCGACAUGACAGCGAGGAGGGUGACAGUCAUCGGCGCCACAAACACAAGAAGUCCAAGAGGAGUAAAGAGGGCAAGGAGCCCAGCGAGGAGCGUUCUGUUGACCAGGAGAACCAAGAGGCCAUGGAGUAACUCAUGUCCCUCCUAUCUGCUCUACUUCCUUUUGAUUGUCAGAGCGCUGUUUAUCAACCAAAUCAUGCUAAAUGAAACUAUAAACUUGUAACUUUUUACCUUCCUUUUGUUUUCAUGUUGCCAUUUUUGUUUUUGUUUGUUCUGUUGUGUUUUUCCAGUGCAGUUGUACCAUGUAGAUGUUGAUUUGUUGGAUUAAAAGAGAGCAUUUGUUGGUGGUCUUUGUCAUAUAUGCUGAA